AUGAUCGCUCCAAAUGGCUUGAUGCGCAUCUUCUGGCCGACCGACAUUGCUCGCUCCGACAAAGCAGGCGUCGUUAUAGGAUGGAGGAACUCGGAUCUGGACAUGGUCGUUGUGGCCAUCCUGCGCGAAGUCGAUGCGCAUGCCGUUGGAAAUACCCUCAAAUCGGGUCGUCUCUUUCAUGGCAGUCCCCACCCUAUCGAUCGCAUACUUGACAGAUGUGGCCGCCUACCUUUACAGGUCCUUGGAACACUGAAUCCAGAACGCGCACCCUCGCUCAACUUCGACCCUUCGUCAAUUCAGUUGUACUACACCCAACGCCACGCCAUCCCUCAAGUACACUGCCCUGGCGCACCUUCAAUCUCAAUUCAGAUCGUUACCUUCGAUCGCCCUAAUCCCCACCGCAUGCAAUAUCUGUCGCUCUCGCCGAUACCCCUUACCUUAUCGGAUGCACAAGAAAGAGCAGGCAAAACAGUCGCUGAAGGCUUUGGCGCAGAUGAAGCGAUCGACCGGGCACGCAAGCAACAGCUUGUCGACAAAUUGCGCAUGCACACUGUUGUCCACCAUGCACGUACCUCGAAGGAACUUGUCCUCCCUGUGAUAUUGAAUCAGAUCAAUUGCUCAUAUGAGAUCGACGAGCUAGUUCGAAAAAACAUUGGCUUUGUUGGCUCACGCACGAGACGUAGCAUGAGUGUGAGCGAGCGCAUGGCUGAGUCGGCAGCCGAUCUUUGGGACUACACUAGGUAUGGUGUACACCAUGCAUUCUUCGCCUAUGUCUAUCCUGUCGUCACGCAGUUGCUAGUGCUGGCUUUGGUCGGCCAUCGUAUAGCUGGUGAAGCCUGGCUGAGAAUUCUCGAGUGGCGCCCCAUCCCGGAUUCAGCUGCCCUCAAAGAUGUAUCAGCCACAGCACAGCAGAUUGACAUACGUCUGCAGCAGUUCUGUUACUGGCCAAUCCAAUAUCUAACUCUACGCAAGAGACGCACCGACUGGGGAAGCGUCACAAACAGCCAUCCCGAAUACAUCCGCUUCUACAAUAGUCUAUGGCUCGUGGCAAACGACAUAAUCAUUGGGAUUGCUAUCGGCUCAUACAUCAUCGAAAACUCAGACUAUGUUGCUGGCCAAGUCGAAUCCAUUGUCGAUUCCUGGUUCAUAGAAGGCCUUCAGCGCAUGAUUUGUUGGCUAAUGGGAUACCCUGGUGGUCUGAAGCUCAACGAAGAUCUGGCACAGUUUCUUGGUGACCUGUUUCUCUGGAUCAUCGAUUACUGGGCCGAGUGUAUGCAAAGUAUACGCCCUUUACUCCCUCAUGUUAUUCGGGUUAUAGGCUUCUCAAGCUUUGCCGGUGCGAGCAUGCCUAUCUCACUCUUCUCGGAUCUACUCUCUGUUUUGACCAUCCAUGUUUACGCUUUUUACAUCGCCUCGGCCCGCAUAUAUAAUUGGCAGCUCACCAUAAUAGUCUCGCUUUUCCAUCUUUUCCGUGGCAAGAAACGGAAUGUUCUUCGCAAUCGCAUCGAUUCAUGCGAUUACGAUCUGGAUCAGCUGCUUUUGGGUACGAUUUUAUUCGCACUUCUGACAUUUUUGCUUCCUACAAUUGGCGUCUUCUAUGCGACUUUCGCGGGCGCACGUAUGGGUAUAAUUGCUUUCAAGGCUGCUUUAGACACGUGGCUGGCUUGUCUGAACCAUUUCCCUCUUUUCGCACUCAUGCUGAGGAUCAAAGAUUCCCGGCGCUUACCAGGUGGCAUACGCUUUGAACUUCGUGAUACCCCUCUUGCAUUCGAUUCUCCGCAUCAGCGUGGUUCGGUGAAACCAGAUAUUGCACCUACUGCGCACAUACAAUUACAGUCGGUACCUCUACCGUUCUCAGAGACCUUCUCUCAAUACUCGCAACUUGCAUAUCGCAUCCGCAAACACUACCUUUCGCCCAGUGUUUUCUUGUGCCUCUUCACAGGACGCUUCGUUCCGCCAAUUCAUCGGAAGAGUCUCUACAGCCUACAGUAUAGUAUGCUCCCGGCAAAACGGAUUCCGAUCGCAGAAUUGUGGAAGAAGUUGAUGGGUAGUGAUGGAGCGCGAAAGCCUCAGGCCAAUGGGACUGCCAGCUCGUCAACAGGCCGAAGAGGUCAAAACAAGAAAGAUCCGGGACAUUGGUGGAGCAAAUGA